AUGAACAAUGAUAAUAAUAAUAAAGGAUUAUCAAAUGAUGAUUUUAGAUCGUUAAUAGAAAAAAAGCCAAUCAAUAAUAGCAAUAAUAAUAGCAGUAGUAAUAAUAAUAAAAAAAAUAAUAAUAAUAAAACAAAAUGGUUGGAUAGAGAUUAUGAAUAUUACCAAAAUGCACCAGAAAAGAAAAAUGAUCCAAAUUAUUUAGAUAGAGCAAGAGAGAGAAGAACUCAAAAUACUGAUGAAGGCCAAAAUCAAAUUAAAAAAGGUUUAGAUUUUGAAUUAUUACAAAAUACAAAAGAGAAAUUAAAUUUAGAUAAUAAACAAAACCAGCAUCAUCAAAAAGAUCAAAAAUAUCAAAGCGAGAUUGAUAAAAUUAAAAACUUGAAACAUAAAACUCAACUAGGUUCAUCAAUGAUAAAAACAUUAGCAAAUAUUACAGCUGAUAAAUCCAAUGAUAUUAAAAAGAAACAACAAAUUAAAAACAAUAAAGAAAUAUUUCAAACCAAUAGAAUGCUUUAUUUAUUUGAUUUGGAUCCAGUUUUUCCUCAAUUAAUACCAACAACUAUUAUGAAUAGUAAAGAAGACUGUCCAAAAGUUAAAGAAACAAUAUCAGGCCGUUUAGAUACAAAUAUUUUAAAAAGAAUUAUAGGUUUUUACCAUCCAGAAAAAGAAAUACAAAUAGUUAAGCAGUCAAUCAACGGAAAUGGUGGCAUCGGUGACGAUAGUAUAUUUUCAGAUUCAGAUAAAGAUGAAAAAGAAAAAGAAAAUAGUAAAAAAGUUGUAGUUAUUCAAAAGCAAGACGAUUCAGAUUCAGAUUCAGAUAUUUUUUCAGAUGCAGAAGAUUAUGUUUGUGAAGUAAAUAAAUCAACAACUACCACAACAACAGAAACACAAGCAAAAUCACACCAUUACUUUAAAAAUAAAGAAGACUAUUCAGAUGAAUUCAAACCAAUUGGUAAAGAAGGUGAUGAAAAUGACCACAAUGAUAUCUAUGAUGUUCCAAGACCUCCACAACUAUACGAUGAAGAAGAGGAGGAAGAUGAAUACACUUAUCCAAACACAGAUGAUAAUUAUAAUAAACAAUAUGCAGACCAGGAUGAAGAAGGAGUAUAUGACAUACCAAGACCACCUCAAGAAGAUGAUGAAGAGGGUGAAACUAUUAUCGAAAGAAAUCAACCAAUGCAAAAUGAUGAUGAUGAUGAUGACGAUCAAGAAGAUGAAUAUGCUUAUCCAAAUACCGAUGAAAACUAUGAACAGCAUGAAAAAGAUUAUAUGCAAGAGCAAGAAAGAAGACUCAACGAAUCAUCAUCAUCAGAUGAAGAGAAUGAUAUAAUAUCACUGGAUACCAAUAAUGAAAAACUAAAGAGAAAGCUUAUGGACACCUAUGGCGAUGACGAUAUAUAUCCACAAUUUGAAGGCUUCGAAAGAGAAAGAGGUGAAAAGAUUAAUAUAGACGAAAUGUAUAAAUUCAAAAAACCAAACUCCAACAAAGAUAGUCAACGAUCAGAUGAACAAAAAAAGAAACAAAAACUAAAUAAAGAUAUGAAUAGGAUCAACCAAAUUAUGAAAAAAAAUUCAAAAGAAUCUGGAACCAAACACUACGAUUUAUUUGAAGGAUCAAAAAAAAAUAAAAAAUAA